CGCGGCGGCGCGCGGCCCGCAGUCGGCGGCGCGCGGCACACAGGCGCGGACACUCGGCGCAAACUCAAAAAAGUUUUUAAGCGUUCGCCGCAAAUAGUUUUUGAGACUGGCUCCGGAGAAAAAAGGGCGUAACUCUAUAUGUCAGCAAAAAGGGCGCGUUAGUUUUUGAAGCUAGUGUUAUAGUUUAUAUUUUUUGUUUUAAAGUAUUAAAUAGUAAGUGAGAUGAAGGGGCAGAGCAAGCGGCUGGCGGACCACAAGGGGCGCGCGUACGACAUGUUCGUGCGCCGGAGGAGGCCCCAGGCGGAGCCGCAGCUCGGCUUCCUCGACCUGUGGCGCUACGCGUCCCCCCUGGAGAUAGCCGCGACGGUGGCGGGCGUGCUCCUGGGCGUGCUGUGCGCCUGGUGCCUGGUGGCCGCCAUCAGCAUCUACGGCGACCUGACUGCGCUGUUCGUGACCCGCAGCAAGCGGGAGGAGACCGUGAGGGCCAACAUACUCGUGUUCUUCGGCGGAGGCGAGCGAGUGUCGUCCCCGGAGGCGGAGCCGCAUCGCGCGGCGCUGGUGGCGGACUCGUGGUCCUUCCUGUACGCGUCGCUGGCCAUCAUGGCGCUGCAGCUCGCCGCCGCCGCCGCCGCCGUCACCCUCACCAACUGGGCCGCCAGGAGAAUGGUGAGUCGGCUGCGCUGGCGGCUGCUGCGCGCGGCGCUGCGGCAGGAGCUCGCCUACUUCGACACCAACAAGUCCUUCAACUUCGCCGCCGCCGUCACUGAAGACAUGGAGAAGCUGCUAGCGGGCACGGGCGAGCACGUGGCGAUGGUGGCGUACCUGUGCGGCUCGGUGCUGGCGGCCGCGGCCACGGGCGCCGCGCUGGGCUGGCAACUUACCCUGGCCGGGCUCAGCGUGGUGCCCGCCGCGCUGGUUGUGGCCAAUCUUGUUGCUAAGUACCAGACUCGUUACUCUGACGAGGAGGCGGCGUCGUACGGCGUGGCGGCGCGCGGCGCGCAGGAGGCGCUGGCGGGCGUGCGCACCGUGCGAGCCUACGCCGGCGAGGACAUCGAGGUCAAGCGCUAUGUGGACAACCUCGCACCAGCAGCAGCAGCGGCGAAGAAACGCGGUCUCUGCGCUGGCAUCGGUGCAGGCAUGGGCUGGCUGCUGACGUACGUGCUGAACGCGAUCGUGCUGUCGUACGGCGCGCGUCUGUGCGUGCGGGACAUGGACCUGCCGCCGGAGGACGUGCAGUACCACCCCGGCGCGCUGCUCACUAUCCUGUUCUGCACGUUCAUGGCGGCACAGAACAUCGCGAUGUGUCACCCGCACUUCGAGUUGUUCUCAGCAGCUCGCGGCGCCGCGCGGUCGGUCUACUCACUGCUGGAGAGGACCUCCAGGAUUGAUGCACUGAAGGAGGAAGGAGAGAAACCCGAGAAGUUUGUGGGGAACAUCGUGUUUGAUAACGUGUAUUUUAACUACCCGUCAAGGCCUGAUGUUAAGGUGCUCCGCGGCCUGUCCCUCUCGGUGCCGGCGGGCUCCACCGUGGCGCUGGUGGGCGGCUCCGGCUGCGGCAAGUCCACGCUGCUGCAGCUGCUGCUGCGCCUGUACGAGCCGGCCUCGGGCAGUGUGACCGUGGACGGCCGGGCGCUGGAGACGCUGCAGCUCGGGCACUAUAGGAGGAGCAUUGGCGUGGUGGGCCAGGAGCCGGUGCUGUUCUCGGGCUCCAUCCGCGACAACAUCACGCUGGGGGCCGGCGACGUGUCCGACGAGCAGGUGCAGCUCGCGGCGCGCACCGCGCAUGCGCACGCGUUCAUCACCAAGCUGGCCGAUGGCUACAACACGAUGCUGGGCGAGUCCGGAGCGCAGCUCUCCGGCGGCCAGAAGCAGCGCAUCGCCAUCGCGCGCGCCGUGCUGCGCCGCCCCGCGCUGCUGCUGCUGGACGAGCCCACCUCGGCGUUGGACCCGGCCAGCGAGAGACAGGUGCAAGCCGCCCUCGACACCGCGAGUCAAGGCAGAACCACGCUAGUGGUUUCCCAUAGACUGUCGACGAUAGUGAACGCGACCACCAUCGUGUAUCUGGAGCAGGGCGCAGUGAGGGAACAGGGCUCGUACCGCGAGCUGCUGGCGAGAAGAGGCGCCUUCUGGGAGCUCGUGCAGGCGGACCUGUCGCAUCAGCCGAGCAUGACUCCAGCGAUCGCUGAAGCGCCAGCCGACGAGGAAGCGGAUGACGCGGACGUGGUGUGCGCCGCCGACGCUCUGCCGCACUUCACGCGCGCACACAGCGCCAGCGACAGCGUCAGAGCGUCUAUCACAAGCGCGCUCCGCGGCAGCCGCCGCAUCGGCUCCCUCGCCGCGCCCGCGCCCGUCGUGCCUGAGGCUACUGAGGUCCCAGAAAGCGGCCCUGAGGAACUCCCUGAGGUAUCAACAGCGGCGCUGCUGAAGCUGAACGCGCCGGAGUGGCGGCUGCUGGCGGGCGGGGGCGCCGCCGCCUUCCUCGUCGGGGCCACCAUGCCCUGCUUCGCGCUGCUCUUCUCCAAGAUAUAUGGGAUGUUCGCGUUAUCCGACCCGGAGGAGAUCCUGAGCCAGGCGGAGUUGUUCGCGAGCCUGUUCGCCGGCGUGGCGGGGCUCUGCGGGCUGGCCACGUUCCUGCAGGCCUGGCUCUUCAACCGCGCCGGGUCACGGCUCACUGACCGGCUCCGGGAGCUCACCUUCAGCAGCUUCUUGAGACAGGACCAGGGUUGGCUGGACUCGGAGCACAACUCGGUGGGCGCGCUGUGCGCCCGCCUCGCCUCCGACUGCGCCGCCGUGCAGGGCGCCACCGGCACGCGCCUGGGCACGGUGCUGCAGGGCGUGAGCACGCUGGUGCUGGGCGUGGCGCUCGCCGCCGCCUACUCCUGGCGCAUGACGCUCGUCAGCCUGCUCAGCAUACCCACCGUGAUGGGCGGUAUUUACCUGGAGAGCUACGUGAUGGAGAAGGCGGAGGCGGCGGCGCGCGCCGGCAUGGAGCAGGCCAGCCGCGUGGCUACGGAGGCCAUCAUCAACAUACGCACCGUGCAGAGCUUGGGUGUAGAAGAAGCCCUGCUGUCCCGCUACGCAGCAGCGUUGGAGGCGGGCGGCGGCGGCGGCGCGGCGGCGCGCGUGCGCGGGCUGGUCUACGGGCUGUGUCUGUGCGCGCCCACUCUUGGAUACGCCAUCUCGCUGGCCUACGGAGGGUAUCUCAUCGCCAGGGAAGACAUGCCGUAUGAAUAUGCUAUACUAGUAUCCGAAGCGCUGAUCUACGGCGCGUGGAUGCUGGCGGAGGCGCUCUCGUUCGCCCCUAACUUCGCGGCGGCGCGGCGCUCCGGGGCCCGUAUUAUACAGAUCAUGAACCGCACGCCCGCCAUCGUCACUGAGGAUUCCGUUGAAGAUGAUCCCAGCUGGUCAGCGCAAGGCACAAUCGAGUACAAGUCUGUCUCGUUCCGCUACCCGACGCGGCCGCUGGUGCCGGUGCUGCGCGGGCUCUCCCUGCAGGUGCCCGCCGGCCGCACCGUGGCGCUGGUGGGCGCCAGCGGCUGCGGCAAGUCCACGCUCAUGCAGCUGCUCAUGCGCACCUACGACCCGAAUGAGGGCAGUGUGGAGCUAGACCGCAAGGACAUCAAGCGUCAGCUGUCGCUGCGGCGCCUGCGCAAGCAGCUGGGGCUGGUGCAGCAGGAGCCCGUGCUGUUCGACCGCUCCGUGCGCGACAACAUCGCCUACGGAGACAACUCGCGCAUCAUCCCCAUGGAGGAGAUCCUGGAGGCGGCUAGACAGGCCAAUGUGCACAGCUUCAUCUCGUCUUUGCCUAUGGGUUACGACACAAACCUCGGCGGCGGAGGGGCUCAACUGUCAGGCGGACAGAAGCAGCGCAUCGCCAUCGCACGAGCUCUCGUCAGGAACCCCAAGAUAUUGCUACUGGAUGAGGCAACCUCGGCGUUAGAUGCUGGCAGUGAAAAGAUAGUACAAGAAGCGCUAGAAGCGGCGUCUAAGGGCAGAACUACAAUCAUGAUCGCGCACAGACUGGCUACCGUGAGGCAUGCCGACACCAUCUGUGUCAUUGACAAAGGCGUGGUGGCGGAGCAGGGCUCGCACGCGGAGCUGGCGGCACGUGGUGGACUCUACGCGCAGCUGCUGGAGCAGCAGGGCGCGCUGCCGUGAGCAGCCGGCGUGGGCUGCCUUAGACCAAUGUUAGACUGUUUAGCUGCUGGAGAGCUGUUUAGGAUCUAAUGUACAUUUAACUGAUGUGGAAUUAUUUGGUUAUUUACGCAGCAUGGCAUUUCUAAAUGUAUGCUUUGAAAUUUUCUUCAUUGGCAAUUGUUAGUCCGUAGUUAUGUAGAAAAAAUGUUUAGUGUCAAUCAACCAAAGUCAUGUAUUGCUCUCUGAACAUUCAGCUUUAGAGGAACCCUCGAAUUUAAAAAGUUUUUUUAGUUAAAGUAAUAAAGUUAUUUUAUAAUUUUACAUUUUAAAAGUUCCUUUGUUAUUUUAGGACACAAAAUUACUUAAUGAUACCUAAUGACAUAGGUCUAGGUCGUGAAAAACGAAUUUAACAAUAGGUAAUAUCCGUCCUAAAGGUACCUUAGGUAUCUUACAUUGAUAUUGAUAGUAUUACGUUAGAAAAAAUAGAUAGUUGGUAUUUAGAUUAAGUGCUAUUUAUUUUGUGCAAUUAAGUAUUCUAAAAUGAAUGCACGCUAAAACAUGCCAUUAGUAUAAAAGUAUCAUAAUAAUUAUCUUAAGUCGUAUUGUUGUUAACGAAGUAGAUGUAUGUAGACAAUUACUAAACUGGAUACAUUCAUACGUUGUAUUUAAUCGGUGAAUUAAAUUUAAAAAAACUGUUCAUUAAUCGUAAGUACCUAAAAGUAAAUAGGUAUCCGCUUGCAUUAAUGUGAGAUGCGUAAUUUUCACAGCAUUCAAUGGUAUCAGUCUUCAGUUUUUAACCGACAAAAAAAAGAAGAUUCUCAAUUUGUCUGUAUGCAUGUUUUACUACUUUAAACGUCACUGAUACAAUACAAAACCAAUUCUAUGUUUUUAAAGUGUAGGUGGAUACAAACGAAGAUGAUUUAGACAUAGUAGGGUUUAUCGUUAUCGAAUAUGACAGAUGUCUAAUGAUUAAUUAAGUUAAUAAUCUAUGUUAAGUGAAAUAGUGAGUCCUAGUGAAAAUAUCUUAGUUUUAGCUAUUUUAUUUUGUUAGAAUCUUAAUAUUACAUGUGAUAUUUUUUUGAAUAAUUAUAUUGUUUUUCCAACGA